CAUUUAUGGAAUCGCCACAAAAUAAAAGUUUUAAAAAUAACCCCGAUCGAAACCAAAGUUGACGAGUCAUCCGAUCUGGAUUCCGAGAUUUCUGAAAAAAUAAUACACAAGCAGAAAAGAACAGUUGUGAAUAAGAAGCAAACACUUAGACAAAAACGUAAUGCUCUUUGGAAAUAUUUCGAGAAUAAUAUAGACAGCGGUCUGGCCAAGUGCAAAAUAUGCAAAGCCCCGCUAAGAAACAGAGUUUCAAAUCUGAAAGGUCAUUUAUUCCAACAGCACGAUAUAAACUUAUAUUAUGCCAAAAGACAACCCAUGAAAAAAAUAAGAGUUAAUGUGAAUAACUUGUUACUUCGAAACAAUAAAAAUGAUGUUUGGAAUUACUAUGAAAAUAUUAUAGACAGCGGUAUAGCCAGGUGCAAGACAUGCAAUGGUACACUGAAAAACAAUAGAGUUUCAAACUUAAAAACACACUUAUUGAAGAUGCAUAAUCUAAACCUAUCAGUUAAAAAAAUUCAACCGAUCGAAUCAGCCUCAUCCGAGGCGGAUUCAGUGCAUUCUGUCAAAAUAAUACCCAAGGAAAUAUUAAAAAUUAAUGUGAAUAGAAAACAGUUACUUAGAUCUUUUAUUGGUCUUGUGACCGAAGACUGCAUACCCUUAAAGGUGUUGGAUUCACCGAACAUGAGGAAUAUCAUUGGCCCAAUUUGCGACGGGCUGGAAGCUGCGGCUGAAAAGCCAAUGAGCUUAAAUGGCUCAAGCUGCAUUAAACAUCUGGAAUUGGUUGCAUCUAACAUAAGACUUGACAUCAAAACUGAAUUGAAAAACAAGCUGUUGUCAUUCAGAAUAGACAGUGCCUCGCGGCUAUGCAGAAACAUAGUGGGAAUCAGUGCACAAUUCCUGAGAGACGCUCAAAUAAAAUCCCGCUUUUUAGGAAUGAUUGAACUUAGAAAAGAGCCACUCAAAAAUGUUGCCGUCGAAGUGAUCAAUGUUCUAAAAAGGUACGACAUUAAAGUAGCCCAAAUGGUGUCAGCUACAUCCGAUAACGGAGAGCCCAUAGAAGAAAGCGGAGACGACUGUUCCAACGAAGAGUAUCUCAAAAAAAUCGAGUUGGUAGAAAAAUCACCCAACAUCCUAUUAGGACAUAUUCGAGUCUCUCGCUGUGCUGCUCACAGUGCCCAACUUUGUGUCCUUGAUGUUACAAAAUCCUCGGAAAUAAUUAAUUACAUAUUCACUUGUCGUAAUUUAACGAAAUAUAUCAGAAAACCAUCGAACCGAUAUCACGAAACUUUUGAGCAAAAACAACUAAAGAUGCCCCAGCUAGACUGCCCCACCAGAUGGGGCUCAACCUAUGCGAUGUUGGAACAUUUGAAGCUAGCUAAAGACGUGAUACCCAAAAACGAAUCGGUGAGAAGUAACAUUCAAGACGGCAGCUAUGUAAUAGACUCGUUUUGGGAAUUUAUCGAAAGCUAUUGCGUCGUAUUCGGUCCCUUGCAAAAAACAAUACUCAAAUUCGAAGAGGAGCAACUGCACUACGGCAAUUUUUAUGCUCAAUGGUUAAAAUGCAAGAUAUGCACUGAAAAAAUCGUAAAGGAUGCCAGUCAAACUUUGACGACAACAAUUGGAAAUAUAAUUUUGAACUCCAUCGAUAAGCGAACAACAAAAUUUAUGAAUAGUAAACGUUUAGUUUCGUGUUUGUAUUUGGAUCCUCGAUUCCAUCAUACCUUGACAGCAGAGCAAAAAGUGCAAGCUAGAGAUUAUUUAAAACAAAUUUGGGAUAGAAUCACGGAACUUAAUCCCGAGGUAACUUCUUGUUCAGCAUCGAUGGUUUCGAUUCCAGAUCAAUCCGUUGACUUUGACGAAGAAGAUGAGUUACUAAACCAAUACUUGACUCAAGGACUACUUGAAGCGAACGUUGGAAGUAAAAGCGAUGUGUAUACAAAGAUUGAGACUCUUCAGCUUCCAUUUCAAAGAAUUGAUGUAGACGUUCUAUCGUUUUGGCAAGCGAAAGAAAACUCUGAUCAGGAGCUGUAUGCAAUAAGCAAGGUGUGCUUUGCAAUACCGCCCACUCAGGUGGCGAUGGAGCGACAAUUUUCUACGCUACGACUGAUGCUUACUGACGAUUGGAAUCAACAUGGUCAGGAAACACUAGAAAACAUAUUUUUGGUGAAAUUAAAUCCAAAUUUUCUUGAAUCAGCCAUUGACCAGUUGCCGAUUUUUCAAAACGACCAAAACUCCCCAAUAGAAUCUAUAAAAGACGAAUAAUUUUAAAUGAACAAGUUACAAACAAAUUAAAUAUUAUUGAUUGAUAAAAACGAUUUUUUAAAACGACCAAAGUAUGAUGGACAUUAAAAAAAUUAAUAGUAUUAAGUGCAAAAAUUACCACAAAACAAAGCGUAAUACUUAGACGGCGACUGCCGAAGGUAAAAAUCAACUGUCACUUUUUCGCUUUGACGACUUGCACACCAGCCGUGGGCCGACUGACGUCAGUUUUCGUUACUCACGAAAGUAAAGCAAAAGGCUGCUGUGCAGAUUUGACUGCGAAUUCUUAUUUCUUCUGAUUGUACCGCACGAAUGGAGAACACUUUACUAAAAAUGAGCAGAUAUAAUUACAAUAUUAAAUAUGAAAUAGUUUAAGCAUAAACAUCUAUUUAUCUAAAUUUAUUCCAUGCAUUUUCGCUCGGAUUUAUUUUCCCGCGACGUUUUGCAACACUAAAAAAGAACAUAAAUUUGAAUUACGAAAAAGUGUGCCAAGUUUUUCAAAGUUUGCGCGAAUCUAGUUACAAGUUGACACAAAUAUGCACAUGAGCAUAAAACGGGCUGCAUAUAUGCGGCCAUAAAUCACGGGCCACGUGGAUACGCAGUGCGUAUGCUAUAUGCAAAUGAAUACGGCUAAAAAAGUACCGGCGAUAAAACGCUGCCGACUUAUCGCCAGUGGAAGCGCCGCCAAGUCGCCGCCAACAAUUUUUGGAGGUCUAGGCGUGGCCGGGGCCCUCCCGAUGGUGGACCUGGACUCUGAGGACGUGAUUGACUUGUCGGAUCUGGGCGAGGCCAUAUUCGGUAAUCCGGACAGCGAGACCACGGGCGUCCUGGUCGAUGCCCAUGAUGAGCAGUCCCAACAGAAUCCCGAGGAGCUGGGCACCUACUACGAAGGCGACAUCCUCAUUCCUCUAAGUUAUCGCGAGGCGCGUUCCAACAGCACCCGCAACGGCAUCCUCGCGCAGAGCUUCCGCUGGCCGGGAGCCGUCGUGCCCUACGAGAUCAAGGGUCCCUUUACGACCCAAGAGCUGGGCAACAUUAACCACGCCUUCAAGGAGUACCACACCAGGACCUGCGUGCGCUUCAAGCCGCGCUCCACCGAAAAGGACUAUAUAUCAAUUGGAAGCGGAAAGUCGGGCUGCUGGAGCAGCAUUGGGCGACUGGGCGGACGCCAGGAGGUCAAUCUGCAGUCGCCCAACUGCCUCCGGACCUAUGGCACCCCCAUACACGAACUGAUGCAUGCCCUGGGCUUCUUUCACGAGCAGAAUCGCCACGAGCGGGACUCGUACGUCAAGGUGAUGAGCGACAACAUCAAGCCCGACAUGAUGGCCAAUUUCGAAAAGGCCAGUUCCAGGACCCAGUCGGGAUUUGGCGUGGACUACGAUUAUGGCAGCGUGAUGCACUAUUCGAGCACCAGCUUCACCCGGAACGGACAGCCAACGCUGAAGGCGCUGCGCCCCAGUUCCGCGGCCAGUCAGAUGGGACAGCGCAAGGGUUUUUCCGAUGGAGAUGUGCGCAAGAUCAAUGCCAUGUACAAGUGCAAGGUGUAGCUGAUUGAAAUGAUCUCUCUGAUCCGAUUUGGUUUAUUGGAAAAAUAUAUCUAUAUAUAAUUGAUUAGAUCAUUAACAUUCGCCUAGAUGUGCUGUGUCUUGUACUGCGCUCUGUUUGCUGAUAUGUGCCCCCUCUUAGUGGUGCGGCAGGUUCUUGUUCGUGUCGAAGAAGAAAUUUCCCUGCAUAUUGAGCUCUUUGCAAAGCGUGGAGAAUCUUCUGAUGGCAUUGUAGGUGCCAUUGCCGCUGCUGCUGCUGCCGAUGGUAUCUUUUACAGAGAAACAUAAAGUGUGACAUACAUUAUAUGCUAGGUCCAGACCGAUGGUUGCUUGGCCGCAUGCAGAUGGUGAUUAGUAGGUGUUUUUGCUAGUAGUAAACAUUAUUGUGAUCCAUCCAGUGGUUAGUGUGGACGAGCCUUGCACUGCAGCUUGCGGCUGGUGGCCUUACCUGGGCCCAAAAUGCUUCUGGCAUUCAAGUCCAGAUUCAUGUAGAGCGCCAUGUUGCCGGUGGAACCAGGAUGUGAGCGAUUGUUGAGAAAGUCUCUGAUAUGCUGCACAAUUAAAUCGAUGGCCACUGAAAGGGAGAAGCAGUCAAACGUUAUAGAAGACAAAGUCCCAGCAAAGGUACGUUUCGUUUGUUAGAUCGUUCUAGGCAUUUGGAACUCAAACAACGGAAACAAUCCACUUACCUCCCAGGCCGCCCAUUUGCAGCUAAACUCAACCAAAACGAUAUCCAAGCAGUCUACGGGGCUAGGACUUACUCUAGCUCUAGUUAGUAUGUGGUAUUACCUAAGUCGCAUCUAAGUUACGCUGGGCGGCAUUUGUCUGUUAAACUCUACCGAUCGAAAGUUGGGUGGGUGAGUUUGUUUUAUGUGGUUUUUGUUGUGUGCUUUACGAUACGACUAAUUAUAAUGCCUGCCAUCUCGCAGCCGUACAUUGUACUUAAUAAACAAAACAUUUAUUUA